UGUGGCAGUGUGACUGAAUGCGGGAGAGGGAUGGCGCCGGCGGCUGAAGGAACAAGAACAGGAGCCGCUGGAAAAGCUGAGCAGGUCCGGCAGCUCGUGUCGGGAGGAAUGUGAGGAGGUGUUUCGGGUCCGGUGAUCCUCCUUCAGAACAGGACCAGGUUUCAGGAACAUCCCGGGGAGGUCGCCAGGCCCGAGCGCCAAGACCUGGCUCCUGCCCCCGGGGAGAGGAGACAGUGAGACAGGAGUAUUUGACGAUCUGAUGACUGAAGUUCCAAAAUCAACAGAUGAAAGGCUUACACCCGAAACGUCGACUCUCCUGCUCCUCGGAUGCUGCCUGACCUGCUGUGUCUUUCCAGCGCCCCACAUUUUGACUCUGGCUCUCCAGCUUUCGCAAUCCUCACUUUCACAUCAACAGGUCCGUGACAAAUUUUGACUCUGAUUCUGUGAGAAGGAGCAAAGCUCUUUGGUUCCUGUUUCAAUAUAUUUUCUGCAUCAGUGGGACUGGAUGAGAGACCCUACUAUUGCAGCACAGUGAGUGUGGAGCCUGAAACAGGAAUUCACGUCAGGGAGGGGCUCUAUACAUGUUUGUGUGCGGCUGAAGAUUCGGUCAUGGAGAAACCCGAGGAAUCCCGUCCCGUGGAGAAACCAUGGAAAUGUGGUGACUGCGGGAAAGGCUUCCGUGUACCGUCUGCCUUGGAGACUCAUCGGCGCAGUCACACUGGGGAGAGGCCGUUUUCCUGCCCUGAGUGUGGGAAGGGGUUUGUUCAGGCCUCCCACCUGCUGUCCCACCAUCGGGUCCAUACUAGGGUCUGGCGGUCCACCUGCCCCGUGUGUGGGAAGGGUUUUACGCAGGCCUCCCACCUUGUGAUCCACCAGCGCAGUCACACCGGGGAGAGGCCAUUCUCCUGCGCUGAGUGCGGGAAGGGCUUUACUCAGGCCUCCCACCUUGUGGCCCACCGGCGGGUCCAUACUGGAGAGAGGCCGUUCUCCUGCUCCGAGUGCGGGAAGAGAUUUACCCACUCUUCCCACCUCCAGGCCCACCAGCGGGUCCACACCAGAGAGAGGACAUUCUCCUGCCCUGAGUGUGGGAAGGGCUUUACCCGCUCUUCUGCCCUGCUGGCCCACCAGCGGGUCCACACCGGCAAGCGGCCCUUCCCUUGUUCUGAGUGUGGGAAGGCCUUCAGCGAUUCUUCCACCCUGCUGGCCCACCGGGGACUCCACUCUGGGGAGAGGCCCUUUAGCUGUCCGAAGUGUGGGAAGGCCUUCAGCAAUUCCUCUGUCCUAUUGAGGCACCAGCGGAUCCACACGGGGGAGAGGCCCUUCAGCUGCCCUGAGUGCGGGAAGGGUUUUACCCAGGCCUCCCACCUACUGACCCACCAGCGGGUCCACACGGGUGAACGGCCGUUUGCCUGUUCCGAGUGUGGAAAGGCCUUUGUCGACUCGUCGGACCUGAGGAGGCACCGGCGGGUCCACACUGGAGAGAGGCCAUUCCUCUGCACUGAGUGUGGACGGAGGUUCACGUUGUCCUGCAACUUACAGAGGCACCAGCGGGUGCACCAGCGCUCUCAACAAUUGGAUUCUACCAGUGAUGCUGCUGUGGGUCACCCUCGCUUUGAUGAAGGAAGCAUAUGCAAGGGUGUUAAAUUUGGUGAUGGCCCGAAUCUAUGGAGAAAACUCUUAAGUACAAACAGGGCACAAGACAUCUGUGAAGUAUGGUUGACAGGAGCAAAGUUUUUUGGUUCCUGUUUGAGUACGUCUUCAUUAAGAGUGGGCCUAGAUGAGAGACCCUACUGUUGCAGCGCACUGAGUGUGGAGCCUGAAACAGUGAUACGGCCUGGAAAGAGAAAUUCACAGCAGGGAGGGGCUGUACAUGUGUUUGUGGCUAAAGCUUCGGACAUGAAGAAACCGUGGAAGUGUGGUAACUGUGGGAAAGGCUUCCGUACUCCGUCUGACCUGGAGAUUCAUCGACGCAGUCACACCGGGGAGAGGCCAUUCUCCUGUCCCAAGUGCGGGAAGGGCUUUGCCCAGACCUCUGCCCUGCGGAGGCACCAGCGGGUCCACACGGGGGAGAGGCCCUUCAGCUGCUCCGAUUGCGGGAAGGCCUUCAGCCGUUCCUCCGAUUGGCUGACCCACCGGUGGGUCCACACGGGGGAGAAGCCCUUCAGCUGCCCCGAGUGCGGGAAGGCCUUCAGUGAUUCCUCCAACCUGCGGAGGCACCGGCGGGUCCACACGGGGGAGACCCCCUUCAGCUGCUGUGAGUGCGGGAAGGCCUUCAGCAAUUCCUCUAAUCUGCUAACCCACCGGCGGGUCCACACAGGGGAGACCCCCUUCAGCUGCCCCGAUUGUGGGAAGGCCUUCAGCAAUUCCUCUAAUCUGCUGACCCACCGGCAGGUCCACACAGGGGAACGCCCCUUCAGCUGUCCCGAGUGCGGGAAGACCUUCAGCAAUUCCUCCUACCUGCUGAGGCACCAACGGAUCCACACGGGGGAAAGGCCCUUCAGCUGCCCUGAGUGUGGGAAAGGCUUCAACUGCUCCUCCCUCCUGCGGAGGCACCAGCAAAUUCACGUGCCGUUGCACGAAGACAUCCCUACAUUGGUAUUUGUGUUUAGAGCUAACAAAGGAGCAAGAGAUUUCAGCAGCUGCUGCACUGUUGGUAUUGCACAAGGGAAAACCAGCACUCUCAGUAAUGGCACAUACUCAAGCCAGGGCCUUGGAUCAAAGGGUAGUGGAAUUGCUGACGGGACAACUGAAGGCUUUUCCCCGGUGUGGACCAGCAGGGCAGAGGAAUCAUUGAAGGCCUUCCUGCACUCGGGGCAAGUGAACAGCCUCUCGCCUGUGUGGACCCUCCUGCAGUAUGCAGGAAUUCCCACACUCGGAGCAGCUGAAGGAUUUCUCCCCAGUGUGGACCUGCCGGUGCCUCAGCAAGUGGGAGGAACUGCUGAAGGCUUACCUGGACUCGGGGCAGUCGGAGAACUCACUCGCUGUUCGAAAUUCGCGCCCUGUUUCGGGCCGCUCGAGGCCCCGCCCCCACGCUGUGUCCAUCUUCAGGCCACGCCCCACAGUGCCGCGGCAAUUAGUCCCCGCCCCCGGGCUGCUGUGGACUACAGGUCCCGCCCCCACACCUCCGCAGCCUCAAGGCCCGCCCCGCGGAGCCUCUGCGACGUCUCCCCGCCCCCACGCGGCCGCUGCCUCCAGGCCCCGCCUCCACGUCGCCUCUGCGACGUCUCCGCGCCCCCACGCUGCCGCUGCCUCCAGGCCCCGCCUCCACGUCGCCUCUGCGACGUCUCCCCGCCCCCACGCGGGCCGCUGCCUCCAGGCCCCGCCUCCACGUCGCCACUGCAACGUCUCCCCGCCCCCACGCUGCCGCUGCCUCCAGGCCCCGCCUCCACGUCGCCACUGCAACGUCUCCCCGCCCCCACGCUGCCGCUGCCUCCAGGCCCCGCCUCCACGUCGCCUCUGCGACGUCUCCCUGCCCCCACGCGGGCCGCUGCCUCCAGGCCCCGCCUCCACGUCGCCUCCGCCUUCAUGAAUAUUAUAAGAGAAGAAUUUGGAGGCAGAAAUCUCAGACCAAACAUCACGUCAAAGUCUGACAGUCACUUGAUUCACCAGGAUGUGGAUAUUGAUGGCCUUGAAAACAAACGAGAGAAGGGCUUCACUCAGUUGCACCACCUGCUGUUGCACCAGCGAAUCCACACCAGAGAGAAGCCAUUCGCCUGCACUGUGUGCGGGAUGGGCUUCACCCAGUCGUACCACCUGCUGCUCCACUUCCGCGUCCACACUGGGGAGAAGCCAUUCACCUGCUCAGUGUGCGGCAAUGGCUUCUGUGAUUCUUCCACCCUGCGCAAACACCAGCGCAUCCACACCAAGGAGCAGCCGUUCACCUGCUCCAUGUGCAGAAAGGACUUCACCCAGUCGUGCAACAUGUGGAGACACCAGCAACUUCAUAAGGGCUGUACACGUUUGUGUACAGCUGAAGCUUUGGCCAUGGAGAAACGUGAGAAAUCCCGCCCCGUGGAGAAACCGUGGAAGUGUGGCGACUGCGGGAAAGGCUUCCGUGUCCCGUCUGCCCUGGAGACUCAUCGGCGCAGUCACACUGGAGAGAGACCCUUCAGCUGCGCGGAGUGCGGGAAUGGCUUCACCCGCUUCUGCAACCUACUGGUCCACUGGCGGGUCCACACUGGGGAGAGGCCAUUCAGCUGCCCUGAGUGUGGGAAGAGGUUCACUAGCUCCUCCCACCUGCUGGCCCACCAGCGGAUCCACACAGGUGAGAGGCCCUUCCCCUGCCCCGAGUGCGGGAAGGCCUUCAGCGAAUCCUCCACCCUCAUAAAGCACCGGCGGGUCCACACAGGGGAGAGGCCCUUCAGCUGCCCUGAGUGUGAGAAGGCCUUCAGCUAUUCCUCUGACCUACUGGCCCACCGGCGGAUUCACACGGGCGAGAGGCCCUUCAGCUGCCCCGAGUGCGGGAAAGGCUUUACCCAGUCCUCUGCCCUGCUGGGACACCGGCGUGUCCACACUGGGGAGAGGCCGUUCGCCUGCCUUGAGUGCGGGCGGAGGUUCACGGUGUCCUGCAACUUGCGGAAGCACCAGCGGGGGCACCAGCGUUCUCAACAAUUGGAUUCUGCUGGUGACGCUGCUGUGGAUCACCCCCAGGACUGAACCUCCUGCCUGCUCUGACAGUGGGCGCCGUGGUAAAGUUGGUGGGCUUUUUCUUUGUGCUGGACUGCACAAAGGGUGGUGCAUAUAUAGAAUGAGCUGCCAGAGGAAGUGGUGAAGGUUGGUAAAAUUACAAUAUUUAAAAGGCAUCUGGGUGGGGACAUGAAUGGAAAGGGUUUAGAGGGUAUGGGCUGAGUGCUAGAAAAUUAGUAUAGAUUAAUUUAGGAUAUCUGGUUAGCAUGGAUGGGUUGGACCGUUGAGUCCAAGUAACUUUGAAAAGUUCAAUCUUGUUGAGCUCACGUCCUGAAAGAUUUCAAAUGCUUCCCUCCAAGUGAUACUGUUUAAAUAUGCUGAGUUAAACAAAGUAUAUCAUCGAGUUCGACACAAACCCAGAGUUGAAGAUGUCAGAAGUCACAUGCCACCAGGUUACAGUCCACAGUUUAGUUGAAAUCCCAAGCUUAAGGAGCAUUGUUCCUUCAUCACUUCACCUGAGGAAGGAGCAGCGCUCUGAAAGCUCGUGAGUUCAAAUAGACCUGUUGG